AUCCCAACCAUUUCUACCACAUAUCAGUUGGGAUCAGGAAUACUAAACUGGAGAAAUCUGGACGACAAUGAAAAGCAGUAUUUGAUUCACGUUAACCAACCCGGAGAUACCAUUCCCAUUAUGGUCAAAGAUUUAACCGCUCAUCACAAUUACAAGACAGUGAUUGUCUAUUACGACGAGUCAUUUCAACUGGAUCACAAGCAGAAGUCACUACUGGUGAACACGAAGGCGCGGCAUAUUAUAAGACAAUUGGAGGGCAAAACUGUUGAACAAUACGUUAAACUGUUUGCAGACAUCAAGAAAGCCAAGAUGCUGAACUAUGUCAUUUUUGGGACAAUUGAAACACUCAACAAUGUUAUCGAUGCGGCAAAUGAAAACGAUAUGUUUGACAAACACAACAAAUGGCAUUUGAUUACAAAAACAAAAGGCAAACUAAUGUGCAAAAGUUGUAAGAAAAUUGAAGUAAUGUUUUCGCAACCGCUUAAGACUCGUCUACAUGACUACGAAUUGAAUACAACCCUCGAGAACGUCGAUAAUACAAAUAAAGUUGACUCUUAUUUCUAUCACGAUUUGACGCGAUUUACAUUAGAGAUGAUCGACGACGUGGUCAACACUUUAUGGCCCAAAAACCUGACUUUUCCCAAAUGCGGCCGUUAUUUGGAUAAAGACCAGAAAGCGGAGCGAAUUGGGUUCGGUUUGGCUCAACACAUGUCCAGCGAAUUGCUAUACGGAAUGUUUGGCAGAUUUGUGUUCGGCUCCUAUAAGUUGGGCAACAAUUACCAGGAAAUAAGUAUGAGAACCAAUAAAGUGAUCAUAUCUGCCGAUUCCAACAACAAGAACAUUAAGGUAUCGGAAUGGGAAUAUGAGGGACACACCGGAACUUUUGUGUUCACGUCGGCCGUAGAAAAGGCAGCAGAAAGUUCCGGAUUAAAGAAAUACAGGAUUACAACACUUAUUCAACCGCCGUUUGUGAUGGAAGUGUCGGACAACGAAACCAAAGGAAAUGCUCGCUAUUAUGGCUAUUGUAUUGAUUUGUUGGAAGAAAUACUAAACCACACCGAUGCUGGUGAUAAAUUUGAGUACGAAAUAUACACCGUUUCCGACGGACAGUUUGGCAGCAAAGAUAAAGAUGAUCCCAAAAAGUGGACCGGAAUGAUAGGAGAAUUGGCCAGAAAUAAAGCUGACAUCGCUUUGGGCCCGAUAUCCGUGAUGGCAGAGAGGGAGACAGUUGUGGACUUCACUGUUCCGUACUAUGAUUUGGUCGGCAUAACGAUUCUCAUGAAAAAGCCUUCGGUUCCCUCACAUCUGUUCAAAUUUCUCACUGUAUUAGAAACCAAUGUCUGGCUCUGCAUAUUAGCCGCUUAUUUCUUCACUUCUUUUCUCAUGUAUUUGUUCGACCGCUUGAGUCCUUACAGUUAUCACAACAAUAAAGAGAAAUAUAAAGACGACGACGAGAAGCGGGAGUUCACACUCAAGGAAUGCCUUUGGUUUUGUAUGACAUCUCUGACCCCUCAGGGAGGGGGUGAAGCGCCGAGGAAUUUGUCGGGUCGUUUGGUGGCGGCCACGUGGUGGCUCUUCGGCUUUAUCAUCAUCGCCUCAUACACCGCUAAUUUGGCCGCUUUUCUCACAGUUUCCCGAUUGGAUUCGCCCAUCGAAUCGCUCGACGAUUUGGCCAAACAGUACAAAAUCAAAUACGCGCCACAAGUGGGCACUUCUUCUUCAACUUAUUUCGAAAGAAUGGCCGGAAUUGAGGAGAAGUUCUAUGAGAUUUGGAAAGACAUGUCUUUGAAUGACAGCUUAGACGAGAACGAGAGGGCGAAGUUAGCCGUUUGGGACUAUCCUGUGAGCGAUAAAUACACCAAAAUUUGGGCUCAAAUACAAGAAGCAAAACAACCCCCGUCUUGGCUCGAGGGCGUCGGUAGAGUCAAGAGAUCGUCUAAACCUAACGAAGGGUUCGCUUUUAUCGCGGAGGCAACAAUGAUUAAGUACGCGGUUAUGACAAACUGCGAUCUGCAAAGUGUGGGCAAUGAGUUCAGUCGCAAACCAUUAGCUCUGGCCGUUCAGCAGAAGUCCGAACUGAAGGACAAGUUAAGCAGUUCUAUACUGAAACUGUUGAACCAGAGGAGACUGGAAUCGCUGAAAGAACGAUGGUGGAACAAAAACAAGGAAAAGAAAGAUUGCCAGGAUAACAAGAAACAGAGCGAUGGCAUCAGUAUCAACAAUAUCGGUGGUGUGUUUAUAGUCAUCUUCAUAGGAGUGGUGUUGGCGUGCAUUACACUCGCCAUUGAGUACUGGUAUUUCAAAGGCAAGAGAGACGGCUCUAAAGUGGUUGCCAUCAAAGAGUACGGCAAUGUCGCGCGAAACCCGCACAACGGGCCCGGAGGCCCUCCUCCUAUGAAUCACGGCAUACCACAAAUGCCUACAAUGGGUCCGAUGUCUAUCAGACACUGAAUUCAACCACCAAUUGGUUUAUGUUUUUGCAAAUGUUAUCUAAUUUUUCUUGAUUAUAAAUUACAUAUUUUUAUAUUAAUCUCAAAUUUGUUAAUUUA